AUGAUCACACUGCUGCUGCUUCGAAUCGCAUUCAACGUCUCGCGGUGGACGACGCCCGACGACGACGGAGAGUGGGCAGCGGCGUGCAGCCUCGCCGAUCCGGCAGACGUCGCAGGGCGCAUUGACAAGUUCGUCUUCAAGCGCGACGCCAAGCUCGCCCUUGCUGGCCAGCUGCUCAUCCGUGCUGCGCUGCGCCAGAUUGCAGCGGCCGAGCUGGGACUGCUCACUCCGGCCGAACUCUCCGCUCGAUUGCGCCGCACGCCGACCGGCAAGCCGUACUUGACCGCCGCCGCUGACUCGUCCAUCGCGCACCCCGAGGUCCACUUCAAUUCGUCGCAUCAUGGGGACUAUGUCGCCGUGGUGGCGGCGGUGGCGCCCAACUGCAUGGUUGGCGUGGAUGUCAUGCGAAUUGAUGCGCCGCCUGCGCGUGAAUCCAUUGACAGCUACAUUGGCGUGAUGAAGACAGCAUUCCAUCCCGACGAAUUUCGCUACAUUCAAUCCCAACCAAGCCAUGAAAUCGCCGAGAAAAGCAAUAGAUUGCAUGCGUUUUACCGCUUCUGGACACUGAAAGAGUGCUACGUCAAGGCGAUUGGAGCUGGCCUUGGCAUGGAGCUUUCACAAAUCCGCUUGACGGAAGAUGCGUCGAUUCCCCUCGACCUUCGCAUACAGCAAAUCACAAGCAACGUGACUUGCGCUGUCGACAACAUCCCCCUGGACCGCUGGCAUUUCGAACAACAGUACCUGGAUGAGCUGCAUCCGAUUGCGGUUGCAAUGCACGCUCCGAACGGCGGCUUCACGAGCGGACGCUUUUCCAUUUUGCCUAGCUUCUCUUCGCUGCUCACACUGGCAGGCGGGACCACAUAGAUGAAACGUAAAUCGUUCUUUUAUUGUAUUGGAUGCUGCACAACUAGUCAAACAACACGCUUGACCCCUUCUUCCAAUACCAACGCAAACACAAACGCACAACCAAACGACAAAAAAAAAAAC